CACAAUCCCCCCCUGUGCCCAGUGUUUGCAGGAGCAUCGUGUGAUGGGUACUAUGGAGUCCAAUUCUGCACGUGGAAUAUCCAUGUUCUUCAGUGUUUUUCUAAUGGCUUUUCUUAUCACCCCACCUUGUAAUGGAGGUAAGAUUCUGGUGUUUUCUUUGGAUGGUAGUCACUGGAUCAAUAUGAAGCUCAUGAUUGAGGAACUCCACGCCAGAGGACAUAGCAUCUCUGUGAUCCGACCGUCAACGAGCUGGUACAUUGAAGAGGUGUCCCCUUUUUAUGACUCCAUCAAUAUCCCUCAAUCCAAGCAAUUUGAAGAUCUCAUUCAAGGAUUUUUAGAGAGGUAUAUAAGGGUACAGAGAGAAGGAUCGUCGUCACAUACGUUCCUUAAACUCACUGGGCAGUUCCUCUCAAUGAUCUCUGAGAUUCAUUCAAUGUACUGUGAUAUGCUUGCUCAAAUCUUUGAAGAUCCAAGGCUUCUCCAGAGCCUAUCAGUGGCCCGGUAUGACCUGGUUCUGACUGACCCUGCUAUCGCCUUCGGUGUCGUCCUCGCCAAGUAUCUCAAGCUUCCUACGGUGCUCAACGUCCGCUGGAUCACCAGUGGAGACGGCCAUUCCAUCAUCGCCCCGUCGCCGCUGUCCUACAUCCCUGUCCCGGGCUCGGGGCUAACAGACAACAUGAGCUUCACGGAACGCAUCAAGAACCUGUUUUUCCAAGGCCUCAUUGUUUUCCAGGAGGUGUUCAUGAUUGGGCCUCAUUAUGAAGCCAUUUGUGACAAGUACAUUGAGGGAGGGUGUGACACCAGCUCACUCCUCCAGGAAGCGGAUAUUUGGCUGUUCCGGUCUGACUUUGUGUUUGACUUUCCUCGACCCACCAUGCCGAAUGUGGUUUAUAUAGGGGGCUUCCAGUGCAAGCCUGCCCAGCCCCUCCCAGCUGACCUUGAAGCGUUUGUUGAGAGUGCCGGGGAGCAUGGAGUGAUAAUCAUGACCUUGGGUACUUUUGUGGGUGUGUUACCAGAUGACAUCGCAGAGGAUAUUGCCAGGGUCUUUGCAAAGAUGCCUCAAAAGGUCAUUUGGAGGCACACUGGAAAAAUACCAUCUUCUUUGGGCAACAACACACUGAUCGUUGAUUGGAUGCCCCAGAAGGACCUCCUGGGACACCCUCAGACCAAGGUGUUUGUGGCUCACGGAGGAACCAAUGGAGUCCAGGAGGCCAUAUACCAUGGGGUCCCAGUGCUGGGCAUACCCCUGUUCUUUGACCAGUUCGACAACCUGCUUCGUCUACAGGAGAGGGGAGCGGGAAAGAUUAUAAGGCUGGCUGAUGUUAACUUUCACAGCUUUGAGCAGGGACUCAAGGAAGUGCUCCACCAAGACAGUUACAGUCACAACAUGCAGAGACUGUCCGGUCUGCACAGAGACCAGCCGAUUCCUCCCAUGGACCACGCCAUCUUCUGGGUGGAGUACGUGAUGCGCCACAAAGGUGCAGCCCACCUGCGUACACAGGCUUAUAAGAUGCCCUGGUACUCCUACUACUCUAUAGAUGUACUGGUGGCUCUGUCGGCUGCAGGAAGCUUCUUUCUUCUCGCUACUUUUAUCAUGUUUAGGUUGUUAUGCUGCAGAGGGAGAACAUCAAAGGUCAAAAAAAAUUGACAAUUACAGACACAACUGUAACAAAAAUGUUAAUGAAUGAUCAUAAAAAAUAAAUCAAAUCUAAAAUGUU